AUGUCGGGGGCAGACGAGCCCGCAUGGGCCCCGCCCUCCCUGCUGCGGCUCGUGCCGGACCGCCAGCAGCUCGAACGCGAGCGCCUCGCACGCGCUGCAGCGCGCGAGCGUGCGCGCAAUCCUAAAAAACGCACGCGCUCUGUCUCGCCGGACGCGCCGUCGAAGGCGCCGUCGCGCGCGCCGCCGCCGCCCGCGUCUUCGCGCUACACGCCGCCCGAGCCCCAGGAGCGUUUCUGGACAGGCACGAUUAAGGCCACAUACAACCGCUAUGCGCGCGCCACACGCGCCGGAACCAAGCUGGAGCAGCUGCUCGCUCCGACGACGCCGGACGACCCACACGGUCUACAGCGCGCGCUCCUCGCCUCUUUCGACGUUGACAUCGACUGGCUCGAGUCACUAUUUCCGCCGUCCGUGCCGGUCACCUACAUUGGCCACUCACCCCCCGGCGACGCAGCACCGCCGGGUUUCUAUGCGAGCGAUCGCAUGGCGCACUGGGAGAUGUGCAUUCCGCGCAAGCCGCACGCGCGCGCAUUGCAGCACAUCAAGCUCAUCAUCCUGUUUUACGCCACGCACGCGCGUGUGGUGGUUUCUUCAGGGAAUCUCACCCCCCUCGACUGGUCGCGCUACGAAAAUCUCGUGUAUAUCCAGGACGUGCCUGCCACGGGGCACCCACUCGCCCUGCCACCACCCGACCCCCGUGCCAGUGGGUGUGCGUUCCGCACACAGCUCGAGCGCGUGCUGUCCUCCCUCAGUGUACCGACGACGCAUCCGGCCAUGCGCGCUCUCGCCUCGUACAGCUAUACGCACGCGACCGCCCACCUCGUCGCAAGCUGGCCCCUCGCGCCCAUCGCGCGCGGCUGGUCAGAGAUCGAGCAGGUGGGGCUGGGGCGCCUCGCGCAUCUCGUGCGCGAGUGGCAUCUCACUCUCGCUCCCACCAUGCACCUUGAGGCGCAGGGGUCUUCGCUGGCCGCCUACGACCGGCGCUGGCUCGAGCAGUUCUACCUCGUAGCGGCGGGGGCCGACCGGGCGGUGUUGCCGCUGCCUGCGCGGCGCGGCGAUGGGCCCUCACCCGAAUGGGUGCGCGCCUCUGGCAUGGAUGGAUGGCCGCCCGUGCGCAUCCUCUUUCCCACACAGCGCUGGGUCGAGCACGAGAGUGUCGAGGGGCGCAUGGGCGGCGGCUGCUUCUUUGGCCGAGCUGACGAGUUUCACAAGCGCGGCAUGCGCUCCCUGUACGCGCAGCCCGUGUCGCACCGCGGCAACAUUAUGAUGCAUGCAAAAAGCCUUUUGGCUAUCGACGAAAAGGCGCCGGCGCAUGGCUGGGUGUACACGGGCAGCCACAACUUCACGCGUGCCGCGUGGGGGACCUUGGCUGGCACACGCGAGGAGCCGACGCUCUCGCUCAGCAACUGGGAGCUCGGUGUUGCCAUGCCUCUCUCGCUCCUGGAUUGGGGCGGUCGCCCCAUGGACGCCGUGCCCUACCGACGGCCCGUGCAGGCGUACGGCCCCAGCGACGCGCCAUGGGAUGCACAGGUCUACAGCCAGCCCGCCGACACAGGCGUGGGUGUGCAUGAGAGCACACAGCUCGUAGCUGCGAUCGAUGCGCUCAAGCGCACGACGCAUCCCGUCCGCAUGGAGGACUUUGCUCUGGUGCAUGGGCUCCAUGCGCUGAUGAAUCCGCAAAGCAACCUGUUCCAGCGGUUCAAGCAGCACCACAAGGUGCGCUAUGACGAAAAGACCGACCUAUGGAGCUACAAACCCGACUACGAGGUGCACUCUCCUGCCGACAUUAUUGCGCUCCUUCGGUCCAAGUACUACCAUCCAUCAGCGCUCAACUCCGCGUCUGCUGCCGCUGGCAUGCGCCUGGGCGAGCUGCGCGAGUCGUACCCGCAGGCCCGGGAGGCCGUCGAGGAGCUCGCCAGCGAACAGCCGGUGGAGAACCGGCAGGUCCUCGUGCUCCGUGGCAAGCGCGAUGGGGCCAUCAAGUAUGUGUUUUGGAACCCGAUUCAAGGCGAGGUCGUCCGGCCGAUCGAUGGGGAGUUCAAGGAGCUAUGGCACAGUAUGAAGGCGCCCGAUGUCGUCGACCUGGCGACGGAUCUCGAGAAUGAGGGUCUCAGUGCGACCCAGAUGGUCGACACGGCCCCGAAAGCGACGGCCCCCCCGGCCCACGCACAGCGUGGCAAGAAGGGCAAGCGCGGAACUGCGCCGCGCAAGGCGUCGAUCUAA